AUGUCCGAAACUCACAUUCCUGACCUAAGGGCUGUCGAGGCCGUGCUUGAAUUGCAACCGGAGACAAAGUACCCUGAAACCCCCUUUUUUACCGGACCUGAGGCGCCGUGUCGUUUCGAGGCCGAGGUAUACAACUGUGUUGUACGCGGGGAGAUACCUAAGCAGAUCGACGGCACUUACUAUCGCUGUAUGCCUGACCAAUUAUGGAGUCCGAUGUAUGAAGACGAUGUCUUCAUCAACGGCGAUGGUGCAAUCGACGCCGUGCGCAUCAAGGAUGGCCAUGCAGACUUCAAGCAAAAGUUCGUUCGAACUGAGAGGUUCGUUAUCGAGCGAGCUGCGCGUAAAUCUGUCUUUGGCAAAUAUCGAAAUCGAUAUACCGACGACAUUCGCGUGCGGCACAAGAUCCACUCUACCGCGAAUACGCAUGUGAUCUACUUCGAGAAACAGCUCCUGGCUCUGAAGGAAGACUCUCUCCCUUACGCAAUGAAUCCAGAUUCGCUAAAGACUAUAGGCGUUUACGACUUCCACGGGCAGUAUACCUCUCCAACCUUUACUGCUCAUCCCAAAAUCGAUCCCCACACGGGCGAACUUAUCACCAUGGGCUAUGAAGCAAAGGGUGACAUGACGACGGACAUAGCCUAUUUCCUCUUUAACAAGGACGGAAAAAAGCUCGAAGAGUUCUGGUUCAAUGCACCAUAUUCUGGAAUGAUGCACGACAUGGGAGCUACAGAUCACUGGGUAAUCUUUGUCCUCACUCCGCUAGCGGCGGUCUCGAUGGAUCUUUUGAAACAAGGUCAUAAACACUUUGCCUGGGAUAAGGAGAAGCCUCUCAUGUUUGGCAUUGUCCCACGCCGGAAUCCUCGAUUGGAGGAUGUGAAGUGGUUUGAGAACAAGAACGCAUUCUACGGCCACACCGGUAAUGCCUUCGAAAAAGACGGUUGUAUUUACCUCGACGCACCACUGACGUAUCAGAAUAAAUUCUGGUUCUUCCCUCCAGUAGGAGAAGAUAUGCACACGACCGAAACGGCAAAACCCCCCCAAACCGGCCCUGUCAGCCAUUACGUACGUUGGAAAUUAGACCCAAAUGCUACUACUCUCAAGGUCGAGCCUGUCGAAAUGGUAGAUCUAGAUGGAGAAAUGCCGAAAGUUGAUUCGCGCUACGACACCAAGCCGUACAAGUAUUUCUUCUUGGCGAUGCACAACCCUACCGCUAAGGAGGAACCAGUCGGUGGUAGCUACAAUGCCAUUGCAAAGUGUAAUGUCGACGAUGGGACAUACGAGUACUGGUAUGCAGGUACCGGUAUUGCCGUGCACGAGGUGGCGUUCAUCCCGAGACAUCAAGAUGCUCCCGAGGCCGACGGAUACCUAGUCUCGAUAGUUAAUAGGCGCGAUACACUACUAACGAAUAUCAUCAUUCUGGAUACGCUUGAUAUGGAAAAAGGCCCUGUUGCGGUUAUUGAGCUCCCAUUCAGACUUCGGAAUGGGAUUCACGGCUCAUGGGUGGAUGGGAAAGAUCUGCCUGGGGCUGAGGAUUUGUGUGAUAUGCAUGGCGUCACAGAUGAGAUCAAAGCCGAGUUCGGAAAUAAACCUUGA